AACUUCUUAUAUCAUUAGCGAUCACGUCGUAAAACAAUACAGAAGUAGUUGAGAAAGGAGAAAAAGCUACAACCAAAGAAACAAAAAUAUGAUAUCUAUGAUGGAGAUAAUAUUACCACUUAUGGUAAUUGCUAUCGUCGGUUCGGACGCUUUAGAUGUGGACGAGGAUGUUAAUAUAGUGGAUGUUGAGAGAUUUGAUGGUGACAUGGACUUAUGCAGAGAAGGUGAGGUAUGUGCAGAUAUUUUCAACUUUACUCGUGACCACGGUGAUGGUACCGGGAGAUUGGAAUCAAGAUUCUUACAAAACUGCAUCUGUCCUGCAGGUACACCGCAAUGUCAGCAAAGCGGGCCCCAGCUUAUAUUUAGAGAAACAAGAACUCAGUCAAUGGUAACAUGCGAACCAGCUGAGGAAUUCCCUGUUUGCCAAGGAGACGAGAUUGCAAAGGAACAACAUAAUUUGGGUUACUAUGUAUACUACAAGAUCAACUGUGUAUGCCCCAACAACGACAGGCCGGGUGACUUCCGUAACAAGAUGACCACAGUGAAACGAUGGAACGAGAUGACCCCAGAGGAGCGAGAAGUGGCCGAGAGAAACCCACGAUCACGUUUCUUCAAAUGUAGGAGACCAAGUCCACGAGGAGGUGGAAGGUUUUGAAAAUUUCAAGAGAACGGGUCACAUCAAUGACUGGGCUUCGAGGCAUCGCUAAGCCUGAGUGAUGGACGAAUUUAAUUUUUCAUAACCAUUUAUUCAAGACGCAUUCAAAAGAAACGAUUUCAUACAUUUUAUUAAAAAAAUAUAUUUAAUAAUUAUAAUGGAACAACAAACAUAUUUAUGCAUACGAAUAAAAAGAAGCGUUUACUACUCUAGCAACCUUAACGCCAGAAACUGAAAGACUUAGCAUCGACAAACGCAGACAUAUUUUGAAUCACGGGUUCUGUUUAAAAGCAGGUUAAAUUAAACAUUAAAUAUUGAUAAACAUUUGUUACGUUAUCAUGUAGCCAUUAUAUCGUAUUAUAUCGAAAAAGCAUGCUCAUUUAGUUUUCUUUUUAAAAAUGUAACAUACAAUAAUGUACCAAAUUUAAGUUACUUUGGUGUAUUUAUAUUGUUUACAAUACAUUCGCUCAUUAUAGAAAUUUUAUAGGACAGUUCUUCAUAAAUUCACGGCAUACUCCUGUCUAUGAGAACUAUAAUUUGGCACAUACCUGUAGUAGAAUAAUCCAUCAAAGUCACAAAGUAAAAAAAAUAAACACUAAAGAUCUGUUUCGAUAAAUAUUUAAGUUAUAAACAAUAAAUAUGUUAUAUAGAUGGA